CUCGCGGCGCCGUAGAAAUGGCUGUGUUAUUAGUGGGUUCUUUUCAGGCUAUGUGUUUUAUUAUGUGUUUUAUUAUUUUUUUUUGUAAUGCUCUUUUGCAUAGAGCAGUUUCACUGGCAAAGUGAUUACGAAACAAACUUAAGGAGUAAUUACUUGAUUUCCGUCAGCCACAAUGCCCCAUGAAAAAGGUUCUCGCUGUCCUGCUGUUGCUGUGGACCAUAGGAAAGCUCUGACGAUUGCACCACGGGGAAAGCUUGACAGCUAUCAAAUCGGAAAUCCCUUGAAAAUCCAGAAGAGAAGAAGUUUAUUCGAUGAAUGUACAGAUGCAGAUGUGACAAAAAACACCAGAAAGAGACGCAAGAUCCACUGGACACAGCUGGCACCGAACGGAGCGUCAUCUGAGUCAGUUCAUCGCCAAAACGGAAGACAAGCAGAUGAACGUGAGCGGAACGAUUCAGCGAUGUUGGACAUUAAGAGGCGACAGGUGAAAGUAAUCUUAAUGGAUGUUCUCCGAACGGAAGCAGGGCAGAGGUACCUGAGAAGCUGUGGGAGUGAUAACAAUGUACAAACACCACCAUUGCCUAGAAGAAGACCCAUGAAGAGACAGAGUAGCAGAGGACCAUCAACAGAGCACAGCACACCCAGGAGGAGAGCUAGUGCACCUCGCAAGGACCAAACAGAGUUUUCAUCCCUCAACCUCACCAACUCCAAAUCUCCAGCUUCUAAAGCGUCUGACUCUGUGUCUGCCGACGAGGACAAUAUGCUCCUUUCCAAAGAAGUCCGGGCUUCCACAACCAAAAGAUGCAAACGACUCAACAGUUCAUCAAAACAAGCAGAACACAUUUCAUCUGUUGUGAAAGAAUCAUGUUCAGUUCAAAAAGCUGACUCUUCCCCAAUUAAACACACAGUCUCACCUCAUGUUCCAGAUAAUGAAUUUGGUCCAGUUGAGGAAAGUGAUUCUCCGAGGUCUACGAGUGUCAGUCCUUUCCAUUCUGAAGAAACCGAUUCAGAGCAGAUCGGUGAAAGCUUAGUCACAGACACACACACCACGUUACAAGAUAAGCAGCCAAACAGCUUUGAUAGAACAGGGUACCAGGACACAGGGAGUGCAGCACGUCCGACUCAGCAGAAUAAGAAGAAGAGUGAAGCACAAGACUGUGAGGAAGAAGAAGAAGAAGUAGAGAUUGCACAGGAGGAGGAGCCUCUGCACCAGAGCGGAGAAGUGCUAGAUGAAGGGGGUGGAGCCAGAGGCAGCGUCCUACGUUUGUCCACAGGGGCAGCUGAGAACCGGUUGGCUGAUGGAGAAAUCACACACAAAUCCAGUCAGAUGGCAGGCUCUGCCGAUAAACACAUUCUUGACUCUGAGCUUGUGGAAGUCAGACAGGCCUGUACACCACAAACGACUGAGCCGAUUGUUCUUUCCAGUGAAGAGGAGGAGGAAGAGGAGGAGAAGGAAAACGGGACAUCGCAUGUCCAAGCACUAGAGGGUGCCAAAGAUCCACACAAGCAACAUAAGCAUGUCCAGGCCAUGGAAAGGAAAAAGAUUCCAGAUACACUCAUUCACCCUUCUGAUUUAACCAGCCAGAGUUCCAGCUUUGAGGCCUCUGCUUUAAGUGGUUGCCCGGUGAUGGAGCUUCAGUUCUCUGCCCUGUACAUGGGCAGCCUCAGUGCCUUGAAUAAUGGGAUUAUGAAGAUCGCAGAUGAUAGGAUCACCAUUUCAUUUAAAGAUUCUCUGGGUUCUGAGGUAAAAGUCUCCUUGAUGACAGCCCAUGUGCGCAAGUAUAGUGUGUGGGAUGGGCUAUUGGUGCGGGACAGUCGUUUAGUUAAAGAAAACGAAGCACCCCCUCUAUCUCUCCUCUUUUUAUGGCUGGCUGAAGUUCAAGCCCGGCGCCUAUGCAGCGACCUGUCUGUCCUUCAGCCAGGGACACGUGCAGCUGAGGGCAGUACGUGUGUUGUGUUGUGUGUGUCUGAAACCUUGAAUGGCGUGCAGGGUGCGCUGCUUGCCUCUAUAAUGGACAUUGUAGGUCUCAGACAUGGAAAUACUGAGCUACUGUCCCCACUCACACAACUCGACAGUAUGAAGAGUCUCCAGAACAGUCGAGACUCACACAUUCUCCAAUUGCUGCUUCCCAAAACGGAAACACACGCUGCCUCGUGUGAAUCCGGGUCUGCGACUGCACUAUCGAGCACAACUCCAGCCUCAGCUAAGACCCAGGACACAGAUGCCCAGUCAGAGACCAGUGUCUACACACUAUGCCAAAGCAGGGGUCAGACUGCUUACAGCGUGUCCUUGGCACAUAAACCUGAAGCGGACUGGAUUCCUUACCGGCAUUGCGGUCCUGCACGCAGGUUGAUCCAGUUUCCUCCACCACCAUCUAAAGGAGCCAUAACUGUGACCACUGAGGACCUGGAGUGCUUAGACAGUGGGGAGUUUCUUAAUGACGUCAUCAUUGACUUUUACCUCAAGUAUCUGUUGGUGGAGAAGGCACCUCCUGCUUCAGUGAAAAGAUCUCAUGUUUUUAGCAGCUUUUUUUACAAACAGCUUACGCGCCGUGACAACGCUAACGAAGACAGCACCAGCACACCAGCCCAGCUCAGGAGGCACCAGCGAGUCAGGACAUGGACACGUCAUGUGGACAUAUUCGAUAAAGACUUCCUGUUUGUGCCAGUCAACCAAGAAGCUCACUGGUACCUAGUAGUUGUGUGUUUCCCCGGACUGGAUGAUCCACAGUGCGUGGAGAGAGGAGACCACGCUGCGGUGAAUGAUGACACCGAAACCUCCAGUGAUGCCACAGCUCAGAGUGACUUCCAGCAUGGUGAUGGGGACACAAAUUCAGACGAGAACACUCGAAGGUGUAUUUCUACUCCUGGUCCACCAACGUGCACAGAGAGUACCUGUAAACGACAGACUAUCUGCAAGAGACCCUGCAUCCUCAUUAUGGACUCUUUGAAGCUGUCUGUUCAUGAGCGUAUUUUCAAGCUCCUGCGCGAGUAUCUGCAGGCAGAAUGGGAGGUAAAAAGAGGUGGACAUCGAAGUUUUAGUGCAGAGCGGAUGGUUGGUUCCCACUGCAGAGUUCCUCUGCAAGACAACAGUAGUGACUGUGGUCUUUAUUUACUACAAUAUGCAGAAAGCUUUUUACAGGAUCCUGUAGUACAUUUUGAUCUUCCACUGAAGCUUGAGUGUUGGUUUCCACGACAGAAAGUGCGCGAAAAGCGAGAAGAGAUUCGAGAUCUAGUCUUGCACCUGUACCGAUUUCAGCAAGGCUCUCUGGGAAACGACAGUGCAGACGAUGGAAACGAAAUAGGCAAUAUAGUUCAGUAGCAUAAAGCAUUAAGAAAAAUCGUAAUCUUAUUUUUCACUUAUUUUUAUUUAUCGCAUAUUAUUUCAUAGUUUUUUAGGUCUUUGAUGUGUUUUUAUGCUUUUGUAUGCAAAUAAUGUAAUAAAUUUUUCAUCUUGCUGUCAAAUAUCGUGGUGUUUUUACCUGUGUAAACACCUUUUUAACUGUGUAGGCCACUAAAUAGCACAGUCUGGGUGUGUUUAAGAGCUGGUCUGGAAAUAGACGGUCUUAGCUAGAUCUCAUUAGUGUGGUAAGUUUUGCAUGUGUGAUUGGAGUAAGGAGGGGUACUGGUGGGGUUACAACCUGGACUUCUGAUGGGUAGUCAAUUAGGUAAAAAUGUACAAUUAAUACUAAUCAGACACAUCUAACAGACCUAGGAAACACAGUGUCAUUGUUAAGUGGAAGUGUAAUUCAUGUCUCAUAUACCUUAUGAUGCUUUAAUGUGUUUGUGUCUCCAUAUACAUGUGUGAUCUUUUGAAUGAACUCUUGGUCAGUUUAGAUUUAACCAAAUGUUCUGAUUUGUGAACUUGUGUGUAAAUACUGUACAUAAACCACAUAUUGGGAUAGUGAAGAUAAUCUUUGUUGUAACACUAA